CACGACUAUUCCAUCUUCCUGACUCCAUGGACUCUGACAUGAUCGCCUGACAGCUCGUUUCCAGUAUUCAUCCAUUCAGGUCAAAACCGGAGCCAAUCUGCCAGCUUCCGCCCUGCCGUCGAUAUGGAGUCUCCGGGGCCUGCAUCCCCCGCGCAAAACGCGCGACAGCAACGCAAACCUAUUCGGCGCAAUCGCAUCCCAUUGUCAUGUGAGCCCUGUCGCAUUAGAAAGCUCAAAUGCAACCGAGAGGAGCCUUGCCAAAACUGCACGGCUCGCCAUGAGCAGGCACUUUGCAAAUUCCGCGGACAGAAGAAUGGUGCUAACGGAGCCCGGCAAGCUGCGGCUGCUGCCAACGGGCUCCGCCACCGGAUUAACCACUUGGAGGAUCUGGUCAAGCGACUGAUCGAGGAACGUCAACAUGUUUUACCCCCCGGCAGUAUGACAGUCCACACUCCCGAAACCCCUGAACGCUCGACGGCAUCCACCUCGUCAGCCGGGGCGGGCACAGGUAAGACAGUUAUCGAUGGCGUUCACUCAGUCUACCUGGGCGGCGAUGACUGGCAGAUCGUGCUUGAAGAGAUUAAAGAGCUCAAACAUGCUUGGACUGAAGAAGAAGAGAGCAUCACACAUGAUCUCCAAACGCCCUUCUCGCACGUCGUCGAUGGCUCGAGUCUACUGUUCAACCAGAUCAAACCCCUCGAAAAACUGGAGAUUCUCACCACGCUACCACAUAAAACCAGAAUAGACCGGAUGAUCUCCUAUUUCUUUGAUCGAAGUUUCCCCAUCCGACUACCUCCUAUCCUCCACGAACCGACUUUCAUGCGCGAGUAUGACGAGCACUGGAAGGACCCGUCUAAGACAAAUCUAAUAUGGCUCGGGCUCCUGUUCUCUAUCCUUGGCGUAACCAUGCUCGCAUACCACCAGUACGGGGAGCCGCCGGAGUACGAAGGCACAUCCGAGUCGCUAAUGCAGCUCUAUCGCAUUCGCACGUCGCAGUGCUUGCUGAGCGGCGAUAUCACCAAGUGCUUGCCAUACACCGUUGAGACGCUGCGCUUCCACGCCACUGCCGAGCUGAAUCGCAAGGAUGACAACAACCGCGGCCUAUGGAUCAUGUCGGCCGUCGUCGUCCGUGCCGCCGUCAACAUGGGUUACCAUCGUGAACCCGCGCGGACACUGGGUAUGUCGGCCCUGCAGGCCGAGUAUCGACGCCGCGUUUGGGUCUCCGUGGUUAGCAUGGACGACAUGGCCUCAUUCCUGGGCGGCUUGCCACGCAUGACGUCGGCGAUUGACUCGGACACCAUGGAACCACGAAAUCUGCACGACUGGGAGCUGCCGGAAGACCUGGCCGUUCUCCCUCCUUCGCGGCCACUCACAGAAGCUACUCCGGCAACGUAUCUAAUCGUCAAGGGCCGAUUGUUUCGUGCCUUAGGACGCGUGGCAGAUUUCAACAGCGCCGCGGUCCUGGGCUCAUACGAAAGCCUCCUCGAUAUUGACCAUGCUGUGCGCUCGGCGUAUGAGGAUUUUCCGCUGCACAUGAAGGAAGUAGCAGUGCCUCCUGCUCACCAAAGGGGAACAACCAUGGCCGACAUUUCUAACUGGGGUCUGAGUGGGAUGUAUCACAAGGGCAUGUGCACGUUGCAUCGAAAGUUCAUGGCAAAGGCGGCAACGGACAGCCGCUUCGAAUUCUCCCGGGCUCGUUGCAUCGAGUCUGCCUUGGCCCUCCUGGAUCUGCAGCAGAUGUUGACGCAGCAGUUUUACAAGCUUUGGCUGAUCCGGAAUAUGCUGAUCCACGCGGCCAUGGUUUUACUUUUGGAACUUGAGCUGAGACGCAAGGGUCCGAAUACAGAACCUGAAUCCUUCCCGGCCACCACCGUUAUUGUCCGCGCUCUGGAGAGGGCUUCUGCCCGCUGGACGGACGCGACGCACACCUGCGACGAGGCACGGAAAGCGCAUCAACUCCUCGCCAGCAUGCUCUUAGGCUUUAAGACCCGGAGUAGUACUGGGACGACGCCUCCUGGAGCUCUUGCAAUGGUAUCGAAAGAACCACCUUUUGAGCUUUCCAGUCCACACUUCGAACUCUCCAAUGGCUCCGCCUCGUUCCAACAUGACUUGACUGGCAUGGAAGUAGACUGGGCUUCGUGGGAUGCGUUCAUUGAGGGCACAGGGGCUAGUUACGGAGCUGGCCCAAUCUAUUGAACGAUAAUCUCCAAAUGACAUGAGCACCAGUAAGCGCCGAUGAUCAGGCAGCGGGAGUUCAUGCGCCGGUGGAUGACAGCAGCGCCACGACUGGCAGGCCUCAUUUGUGGUCAGGUAAACGGGGGGACGCUUUGUGAUUGGGGGCGAUGGGACGCAUAAGUGACGGGAAUAUGCCUAACGAGGUGCCCGCCUAUGGCCGCCUGU